CGUCCCAUUGGUUGUACGGCGUGACGUGUGACGCACGGUUUGUCGCGCAGCGCGCCAAACAGGGCUGCGGAAACAGAGAGGAAGCGUCUGAAAGAGUGAAAACAUCAACCAGGAUCCGAGUUUUACAGAGAACUGGACUCAUGGCGUCUGCGGACAAAGCUGCGACACGGACCAGGAACCUCCCCUGGGUUGAAAAGUACAGACCUCAGAAACUUGAUGAUCUGAUCUCACACAAAGAUAUUCUGAGCACCAUCCAGAAGUUUAUCAGCGAGGACAAGCUCCCCCAUCUCUUGUUCUAUGGUCCCCCCGGAACAGGCAAGACCUCCACCAUCCUGGCCUGCGCCCGGCAGCUGUACAAGGACAAAGAGUUCAACUCCAUGGUGUUGGAGUUAAAUGCGUCAGACGACAGAGGUAUAGAUGUUGUACGAGGUCCCGUCCUGAGCUUUGCCAGCACACGCACCAUCUUCAAGAAGGGCUUCAAGUUGGUGAUACUGGACGAAGCCGAUGCCAUGACCCAGGAUGCCCAGAAUGCAUUGCGACGAGUGAUUGAGAAGUUCACAGAAAACACUCGCUUCUGUCUCAUCUGCAACUACCUGUCUAAGAUCAUCCCGGCCCUGCAGUCUCGCUGCACCAGGUUUCGCUUCGGCCCGUUGUCCCCAGACCAGAUGAUUCCCCGACUGGACUAUGUGGUCCAGCAGGAGAGCAUUGACAUAACUCCAGAUGGAAUGAAAGCCAUCGUGACUCUAUCGUCAGGUGAUAUGAGGAGAUCUCUCAACAUCCUGCAGAGCACCAGCAUGGCGUAUGGGAAGGUCACAGAGGACACAGUUUACACCUGCACAGGUCACCCCCUCCGCUCGGAUAUUGCCAACAUCCUCGACUGGUCCCUCAACAAAGACUUCACCACAGCAUACAACCAAAUCCUUCAGCUGAAGACCUUGAAAGGUUUGGCUCUGCACGACAUCCUCACUGAGGUUCACUUGCUCAUACACAGAGUGGACUUUCCUCCAGACAUCCGGAUUGGUCUGCUCAUCAAGUUGGCCGACAUAGAACACAGACUCGCCUCAGGAACCGAUGAGAAGAUCCAGCUGAGCUCCAUGGUUGCAGCUUUCCAGGCGGUGAGAGACCUGGUGGUCAGCGAAGCCUCGUAGAUCCAGUAACUGUCUCUUGAACGUAAACCAGAGUCACGUGAACAAAAGGAAAUAUUCAAUGAUGAGCGGCCACAGGCACUCCUGUUUAAACCACAAUGAAAAACAACUGCACUGUACUGCUACAUCCAGAACUCAGCAGGAGUCUGGAAAACUUCUCAAUGAGAUAUUGCUCUUUCGUUUCCUACUUUACUACCUGUUGUAUAUUUCAAGGUGACUAAAACCUUUUAAACAGUUUGACCAAAAUCCUUCAAGGUUCUUUCUAGAAGGAUUUACAGCGUCCUCUCAAUUAUUUCCCUCCGUGAGGCUGUGGUUGGAGAGAAACGAUCAACCUUUGUGAAAUCACCAGAAUACAGAAGUCCUCACGUGUCCGCUGCCCAACACUUCUCCAGACUGAGAGGACGUCACAUGUCUAAAACACGGAUGUCUGAGUCACUCCAGUCUGCAAGUCAACUGAGUAAAAUUCCAUGCUCCCUGGAAAAAAUAAAAGUUCUGGGACGUGUAAA